AUGAGAGCAUUUAUUUUUAUUAUCAAUUGCUUAAUUUUAGGCAAUUUAAAAAAUGUUCAAAGCACAAAUGAUUCAAAUAAUAAAAAUAAUAUUGGUGUUUCUGAAGAAGCAUUAUCAAAACUAAUGGAAAUGAAAAAACUAGAAUUGGAUAUUUUAAAAGAUUUCGUAAAAAAGGAUACUGAACAUUCAGAUAUAUAUAAAAAAUUCCAUUGCAUAUCAAGUGAUUAUAUUUCAUUUGAUAAAAAGGAAGGGAAAGAUGGUCAAACUAAUGAGGGAAAAUCCGGAAAUAAAAGUGAACAAGAGACAAAGGGAAGUAGCUUUAUCGAUAAAAUAACAUCAUUUAUAGGAAUAUUUAACUAUAAUAAAAUCAAUAAUAUAUAUUCUGAGAAAAUUCAUCGAAUGCAUAAUAACAUACAGGAAGAGAAUAAUGUACCUAAUGAACAUACAAGUGAUAAAACUGAAUUCAUUGAAAAUCAUGAAAUAACUAAAAAUGAAAAACCCAACUCAUAUAUGGAAUUGUCUACAGGGGGAUCUUCAUCCAAGGGGUUAUUUUCUUCAGAUAAAGAAAGAGCUAAUGAAAAUUAUAAAGUAGGAAACUUAGGCUCGUUUUAUAUGAUUUUUGGGGCUAGUAAUAUAGAUUAUCCAUGGGCUUGUACAUGUGAUCCCCUUCAAUUAAUAGAAUAUAAAGAAAAAAAAAGGAGUUAUGUUUUAUGUAGUAAUCAAGUUGAUAUGUCCAUACAAAACAGUGACUUAUAUUGCAAUCCCAAGAAUUCUUCUCAUUAUUUUUAUUUAUCUUAUAUUUUAAUUCUUAUAAUUAUAAUUAUUUCUUCAUAA